AUGCAAACAAUAUAUAAUAAUAAUGAAAUAUCCCAAAUAAACUCACCUGUUUUUAAUAGAAGAAUUAAUGAUAUAAACAAUACAAAUAUAACUAAAACAGAGAGUAUAGACAAUAAUAAUAAUCCUGGAAGUAUAAAUAAUUUAGAUUCUACAAUGAAGUUAAUAAUCAAUGAUAAUAAUAUAAAUAAAAUAGAUAGUAGUAACUAUAAUCCUUACAAAACAAUCACAUAUAAUCCAUUUCCAGAUAAAGAACCAGCAGUAUUUUAUAAAAAAUAUUAUGAAUAUUUAAAUCAAAAUAGUGAUGAUUUUUAUUCAAAAUUUAAUAAUAAUAAUAAUAGUAAUACUAUAAUAUCAAAUGAUAUAAAUAUCAAAGAUGAAAUCAAUAUUUAUCCAUCCGGAUCCGAUCCAGAACAAUUUUUUUUAAAUAAACGUGCAAUUCAAUCAAUGACCGAUGAUGAAAUCCAUCACUAUUUAAUGAGUAAAAAAGUUUUACUAUAUCAAGAUCCAAAAUCAGCAUCGUUACAAGUUCAACUUAGACAAUAUUUAAGAGACGAAAUAUUUAAAAGAAUUAAUCAAAAUGAAUUUGAUUCAAAGAAAAGCAUAUACAACUUCAAUUUCAACGAUUCUUUAAUGUAUUACUAUAAUGAUUUUUUAGAAUACCACUUUCAGACUUUAAAAAUUUUCAACUUAUUAAAACCUAAUUCUGAUAAAAUAAUAAUUUAUAGCCAUAAUGAUAAUAAUCAAAAUAAUAAUAAUAAUAAUAAUAAUAAUAAUAACAAUAGUAAUACAGAAUUAAAUAAUAAUAUACAAAUAAAUAAUAAAGAAAGUCAACAAAAUAAUGAUGUAAUCGAGUGUAGAUGUUUAGUAUGUAAACUUGGCAUACCCAAUUGGCUACUAAAGAAAAAAUCGACAUGGUUAAAAGAAGAUUUAUUAAAUUUUUCAAUCUCAAUAGUAUUUAUUGUAAUGAACAAUUUCGUACCAUUCAGAGUACAUUGGGUCGAUAUUAAUGACUAUUUAUACAGACACUUUUCAAUAUUUUUCGAUGGGGACGGGCAAGAGGUAAAUAACCAGCCUAAUAGAAAUAUUAUCAAAGUUUUAAAUUGCAUCAAAGAAGAUGACAAUGUUUUUGAAAAAUAUGAUAAAAGUUAUGUUAGAUUAAAAAUAGAAUGCCAUUUAUUUAAUCCAUAUAGUUCAACUUGUGAAAAGAAUUUUAAAUUUAAAUCUAUUUAUGUUGAAGAUCAACAACAAUCAACAAUUAACCAAAUUUAUAAAGAAACUAAUAAAGAAAAGCAAAACCAAAAAUCACAACAAAAACAGCACCAAUUACAAAAAUCACAAAAGCCCAGAUCCAAAUCUCCAACUCAACAAAAAACUAUACAACCUUCCCCACAAUAUACAGAAAUUAGUAUUAAACCCUCUGAAAAGAAAUCAAAUUUAACAGCGAGCAAAAUCAAUAUAAAUACCAAUAAAAUAAAUUCAAAAGUUACUGAUUCAAAAUUUCAAGAUUCAGUUUAUAAAAAUCUAUCUUUUGAUAAUGAAAAGAAUGUUCAAAAUUACAAUAAUCAAAAUGGUCGUCAUCCUAUUGUUCAUACCAAUGAAACUAGUGUCGAUGAAUAUUUAAACAAUAUCAAAAAGAAAAGAAAUAUCAAUGACCUAUAUUUAGAUGAAGUUUUGGGGCAAAAUAAAAAGUUCAAAGAUGAAAACAAAUUUGGAGAAAAGGAAUUGAAAAAAUUAGAAAAAGAAAAGAGAAAAAUAGUAAAGCAAAAGAUUAAAGAAUUAAAGAUGCAAAAUCAAAUGGGAAAGAAAGAGAGAAAAGAAAGAAAGAACAGGGAAAGCGAAGAAAGAAAGGCAAACGAAGCAGAAAAUGUAGCCAAUGAUGAUGAAGAGCUCAUUGAACAACACGACCAGGGUGUAAACCAAGAAGAAGAGGAAAUUGAAAAAGAUUCUCAAUCACAAUCAACAACAAUGACUUUACAAAAGUCAACCAAACUUUUAAAACAAAGAAAAUCAACUCUAUACAGCAACGAUAUCAGAACAGUGGAAGAGAAAUUCAUAAACAAUUUUGACUUUAAAACUCUAUACAAACUAUUUAAAAAGAAAUAUUGUGAAGUAAAUACUGAUAAUAGUAUAUUAAAAGGCGAAAAUUUCAAGGAAAGAUUAAAGAAAGAAUAUAUUCGUUUUAACCUCAUAAAGAUUUAUGACAACGACAUUGACUCAAGAAGAUUACAAGGCUCAGCAAUAAUCGAUUUAUUAUGGCAAAUUCAUUGUACUCAAAGUGACCUCUAUAGCACUUUUUGUAACUUAAUGGAAUGUAAUAUUUUUAGUAAUGCUGAUACUUUGUUCGAUACGAAGGCCUCAAAAAGAAAAAGAUAUCAAAACUCUUUACAAGCUUAUAAAAAAUAUUAUGGUGGUGACAUUGAUAAAGAAAUUUGGGAUUUAAAAUAA